GCUGUUUCUUUAACACGUGUGUGUGUGAACAAGUAGUACUCUUGAUCGCCAAGCACCCUCGACCAUGAAGCUUCUCACGCACAACAUGCUCAAGAGCCACGUCAAAGGGGUCAAGGAUGGCUACCCGCUUCGUCUUUCGGCAAGCAAGGUGGAGCUCAAGGAGGUGACUUUCAACGCGGACUUUGUUGUCCGCAUGCUUGAUCGCAUCGUUUGGCCUGUCUUGCGCCAAACUGCCAUCGAGAUUGGCCAGGGUGAUAAUUUGCCCACUGACAUUCCUGCAGAUGCUGCAACCAACGAAGAGUUUUUGCGGGCCAUGCAUCACGUCCUGCUUGAGGUGCUGGUUCUGGAGGGUGAACUCGAGUGUCCCGAGACCGGUCGCAAGUUUCCCAUUAAGAAGGGAAUCCCCAACAUGCUCUUGGAUGAAGAUGAGGUCUAAGGCGUAGCACUCCGAGGAUGCCCAAGCCUCUGUGUGCAUCGUUCCCCCACCCUCUACUUGUAGCGACUCGCUGAUUGAUUUGGGGUGUGAAUGGACCGUUUGAUCAAGGGGCAUGGCGCACCCAACAGCUAUAGCAUUGCCUCUCGAGUCCCUGGACUUCCUUUGUGCCUUGGUGUCUCAGCGUGCAUGUCGUGUUGUCGUCUUGGUGUGUUUGUGCACGUGUGUUGGGAGUUUUCGUUUUUUUACCUUCCCCAAGUUUCUUGUCAUCGGCCUGGUGCGCUCCUCUCUUUUUUUGGCCACAGACUUGUGAGCCAUGUAGGCACCAGACAACCCUUUGCCCGUGUACAGCGCUACGCGCUCCUCGCUACGGGUCGGUCAUCAAUGUUCUGUUUGAACUCUGUAAUUUACGCCCUCGGUGGUAGUGAGAAUUU